GCCUCGAUGACUGCCUGCAGGACUAUCCCUUUGAGGAGUGGCAGCUGCCUGGCAAGUACCUGCUCCAGCUCUGUCCCCGCAGCCUCGAGGCGCUGACCGUGUGGCCGCUGGGCCAUCAGGAGCUCAUCCUGGAUGGGGUGGAACAGCUCCGGGCCCUGAGCUCCGGGCUUCAGACAGAGAACCUGCAGAGCCUGACAGAGGGGCUGCUGGCGGGGACCCAGGCCUUUCAGAGCUUGGUCCAGGGCCGCCUGGGGGACGGCACCGAGACCCCGGCCGACACCCUCAGCGCGGCCGUGGAGCUGGUGCGUCAGGCACGCACUCUCCUCUUUUGGCUCAACAGGUACCUCUUCUCCCACGUAAACGACUUCUCGGCCUGCCAGGAGAUCGGAGAGCUGUGCAGGGAGCUGGGCCAGGCCUUGCAGGAGGACUGCCCUGCGGCCGAGAAGGAGGGCCGAGUCCUGAGGAUCUGCCACCACGUGGCUGGGAUCUGCCACAGCAUCCUGGACUGCAGCCCAGAGGAGCUGCUGCUGCAGAGGGCCGUGCUGGAGCGGGUGCCUCUGGACCGCCCCCGGGACCUGGACAUCCAGAGCACCAGCAGCUGUCUGCACUUCGUGUCGCGGGUGCGCACCCAGGUCCCUGCCAACUCCCACCUGCAGAUCCAGCCCGGAGACGAGGUUGUCCAGAUCAACGAGCAGGUGGUGGUGGGCUGGCCCCAUAAGAACGUGCUGCAGGAGCUAUUGCGGGAGCCCGCCGGGGCCAGCGUGGUGCUGAAGAAGAUCCCAGUGCCUGAGACACCCCCACAGACGCCCCCUCGGGCCCUCGACUCCCCAGCCCUGAGGAGUCCCUCGCAGUCUCCAACCCUGCUGUCUCCGAGGACCCCAUCUGAAGACGUCUUUGCUUUUGACCAGACUUCAAAGCCGAGCAGUGCCGGGCCCAGCCCUGCCUGGACAGGUGGUUUCAAAGCUGCACCAGCAGACUCCACCUCCCUUGGCCCAGGGCCCCUGCCCAGCCCCCCUGCACCUCCAGCCACACUCUCAGCGGGCACCGCAGAGACUCCAGAGCCCCUGGGACACCCUGAGAAGAGUCCUGUCCUCGGGCGGAGGAAAUCAAAAGGCCUGGCCACUCGGCUAAGCCGCCGGCGGGUGUCGUGCCGGCAGCUGGGCCGCCCGGACUGUGACGGCUGGCUCCUGCUACGCAAGGCACCCGGUGGCUUCAUGGGCCCACGCUGGCGCCGCUGCUGGUUUGUGCUCAAGGGACACACGCUCUACUGGUACAGCCAGCCUCAGGACGAGAAGGCGGCGGGCCUCAUCAACGUCUCCAACUAUAGCCUGGAAAGUGGGCACGAUCCCAAGAAAAAAUACGUGUUCCAGCUCACCCAUGAGCUGUACAAGCCCUUCGUCUUUGCUGCCGACACCCUGACGGAUCUGAGCGUGUGGGUCCGCCAUCUCAUCACCUGCAUCUCCAAGUACCAGUCCCCAGGCCGGGCCCUCCCGCCCCGAGAGGAAGACUGCUACAGCGAGACGGAAGCAGAGGACCCUGAUGAUGAGGCUGGGUCCCGCUCAGCCUCGCCUGGCCCUGUCGGGGCUUGGAGUCCAGCCCAUGGAGACACUUCACCGGCAGCCACCCCCACGCAGCGCAGCCCGCGGCCCUCCCUCUGCCCUCCCACGGACAGCGGCGAAGGGGCCCUGGAGGGACUGGUGCAGGGGCUGAGGCAGGGGGGCGUGUCUCUCCUGGGCCAGCCUCAGCGCCUGACCCAGGAAGAGUGGAGGAGCUCUUUCAUGCGGCGGAACCGAGACCCGCAGCUCAACGAGCGCGUGCACCGCGUGAGGGCGCUACAGAGCACACUGAAGGCAAAGCUGCAGGAGCUGCAGGCCCUGGAGGAAGUGCUGAGCGACCCCGAGCUGACCGGAGAGAAGUUCCGCCGCUGGAAGGAGCAGAACCAGGAGUUGUACUCGGAGAGCCUGGGCGCCUGGGGAGGGGUGCAGGCUGAGGGCAGCACCCCAGUCCUGACCUCCGACUCAAGAGAACAGUCCUGCCACCCUCUGCCUUCUGCCCCUGAAGGGCACUCUCCUCUCUGCUCUCUGGCUUCUGAGAACAACCUUUCACCCCCUGACCCUGGCCGGAGCCCCAGCUCCUGACCUCUGGUCUUGAGGGCCACCCCACUCCUGGUGUGUCUAGAUCAGAGCACCCCUGGGUUCUCUGCGGCCUUGGAAGCACUGCUAGUCUGGUUUCACACCACGUGGGCCCCUGCCUGGGCCUCCCCCUACCCUGGAAGUGGGGUCACCCUCUCCCCCUCAGCACCCCAUGCUGGGACCUGCCCUCAGCCCUGCAGCACGCCCCGUUCUUGGCCAGGUAUAGGCGCUCCUUAGUUUACACGAGCAUUACUUUUCCACCAAA